GGUGUGGGUAAGAGUUGCCUUCUUUUACGUUUUUCAUAUGGUUCCUUCACUACCAGUUUCAUAACUACAAUUGGCAUUGAUUUCAAGAUAAGGACUAUAGAACUUGAUGCGAAGCGAAUCAAACUUCAAAUAUGGGAUACUGCUGGUCAGGAGCGAUUCCGGACAAUCACUACUGCUUACUAUCGUGGAGCAAUGGGUAUUUUGCUGGUGUACGACGUGACUGAUGAGUCAUCAUUUAACAACAUCAGAAACUGGAUCAGAAAUAUUGAACAGCAUGCUUCUGAUAAUGUCAACAAAAUAUUGGUCGGGAACAAGGCUGACAUGGAUGAAAGCAAAAGGGCUGUCCCAACUUUUAAGGGUCAAACACUAGCAGAUGAAUAUGGCAUUAAAUUCUUUGAGACUAGUGCCAAGACCAAUAUGAAUGUUGAGGAGGUCUUCUUCUCAAUAGCUAGGGACAUUAAAACAAGGCUUGUUGAAUCUGAUUCAAAAGCUGAGCCUCAGACCCUCAAGAUUAACCAAUCAGACCAGGCAGCAGGAUCGACUGCUGCAUCCCAAAAAUCCGCUUGCUGCGGUUAAUCUAUAUUUGCAAUCCUGAGGUGACGGAGACAUGGUAAUAGAAGAUUUGUCCUCGAUGGCAACCUUUUUGAUCAGUGGAGGAUCUUGUCUUAUCUUAAAAUAUUUAGUGUUGGCUGUAUUGAACUAUUGCUUGACUUCAAACAUUUCAGAAUCAACCAUUUUGCAUUAUCUCCAGCUGUUAAUUUCCAGUGAAAUAUUUGCUAGUACCUACAUUCUGUUCGAUUCUUUCUGUAGAGUUAGCUUGCUUUAUGCUUUUUUUUUUUGAAAUAUUUUCAGUAUCCUCUUCUGAGUUCCGGCCAACCCAUCCCUUCUUCUAGUGUUACAUGAUUGUCCGCCUCCAUCCAUGCCACGACCAACUAAUUUAGAUGGGUGACUGAAUCUGUAUUCAUACUGAGACAGUGAGAAUCCACAAUCUAUCUGAUGGAUGUAUGAUGAUCCGCU